GAUACAGCCUUUGCCCCACUUGGAUUUGUCUCUCUCAGAGAAUCGGCCCCAUUAAUUGUCAUUUGUCAGUCUCUCCCCUCCCACAGAAAAACCACAAUUAAAUGCCCUGACACUGUCUUGUACGGCCUUUUCCAUCCAACCAACCACCUCCUCCUUCCUUCCAUAAUAGCCGCGCCGCUUGUCAUAAUUUGCCACACACAUUCACUGACCAAGAACAAUAGUUUGGCUCUUAAUGGUUUUUACUUCCACCUUUCAAGGAAACGUACCCAGUUCAAUUUGCAAGGAGGAAUUGGGACACUAAGGAAAAAUUCAUAAAACACUUUGAUGAGGACUUGGGAGUUCAGAGCUAGGAUGCAUCCCUUGGUUUCAUGAGAUUUCUUCUUGGUCCUUGUCCAAAUUCACCGCAAAAUACUGUUUUUUUCUAGGUGAACUUUUUUAUGGAGCUCUCUUUUGUACAGACUCCGUAAAAAUUUAUGGGCCUGUUAUUGUUAACGCUACCCUGAAGUUCAUAGUCCAGCUUUAGUUCAGCUGUUUAUGUCCAGGCUCCAGCUUUAUGAAAAAAGAGAGAGAGUAGAGGUUAGAGCUUGAAACUUGUACGAUGAGACUUUUUUACUUGUUAAUUUCAGUAAUUCUGUCAUGGGUUUUGUGUCUUCCAAGUACCCAUGAAUUACAAACCUCUCAGAGCCAAGUCUUAUUGCAACUAAGGAAACAUUUAGAGUACCCUUCCUCAUUAGAAAUUUGGGAAAAUUACUAUGGAGACUUCUGUAACCUGUCUUCCUCUGCGCAUAUGAGCAUCUCAUGCCAGGACGACUCAGUCACUGAGCUGAAAAUUAUGGGAGAUAAGCUUUUUAAUGUCAAUGAUUUCAAUGGUUUUGCAAUUCCCAAUCAUACUCUGUCUGAGAGUUUCUCAAUUGAUUCUUUUGUUACCACAUUGUCAAGGCUACCUAGCUUGAGGGUUCUUAGCUUAGUGUCUUUGGGGAUUUGGGGACCACUUUCUGAUAAGAUUCACCGGUUAUCUUCACUUGAAUUCUUAGACUUGAGCUCAAAUUUCAUAUUUGGUUCUGUUCCGCCAAAAAUAUCUACAAUGGUCAAACUUCACACUCUAACACUGGAGGACAAUUAUUUCAAUGAUACUGUCCCUGAUUGGUUGGACUCGUUAUCAAAUCUCACUAUUUUGAGCUUGAAGAACAAUCGAUUGAAGGGUCGGUUUCCUUCUUCAAUAUGCAGAAUCAAGACACUCACUGUCAUUGCCUUGUCUAACAAUGAGCUUUCUGGAAAUUUACCCGAUAUGGAUACUUUAAUCAGCCUGCGUGUAUUGGAUUUGAGAGAAAAUCAUAUAGAUUCUGAACUACCAAUGAUGCCCCAAGGAUUGGUUACAGCCCUUCUUAGCAAGAACUCAUUCUCAGGAGAGAUUCCUGCACAAUUUGGUCAUUUGGGUCAGCUUCAGCACCUUGAUCUAUCAUUCAAUUAUCUCAGCGGAACACCACCCUCUGCUUUGUUCUCUUUGCCGAACAUCAGUUAUCUGAAUUUAGCAUCUAAUAUGCUGAGUGGAGCAUUCCCUGACCAACUAAAUUGUGGUGGUAAACUUGGGUUUGUUGAUAUCUCUAAUAACAAGUUAACAGGUGAUCUUCCUUCUUGCCUGAGUAGUACUUCAAAUGAGAGAGUUGUUGAGUUCAAUGGAAAUUGUUUUUCAAUUGAUUCUCAACACCAGCAUCAGGCUUCAUAUUGUAAAGAGGCUCUUGCAAGCAGCAAACAAUCUGGAGGAAGAGAAACUGUUAUGGUAGUUGGUGUUAUCAGCGGAGCUGUUCUUGUUUUAGUACUUUUGGCAUUUGCGGUUCUUUCCUUUCGUAGAAGAUACCGUUCAAGGACAUUUGAGCACAACAUAUUUGCAAAGGCUGUGCCAGAUAAUUCACCAAAUGGUUUUUGCUCUGAGCUCAUUGCAAAUGCCAGAUUCAUAUCUGAAGCAGCGAAAUUAGAGACACACAGUGCCUCAGUAAGUCGUAUAUUUUCACUUGAACAGUUGAAGGAAGCAACAAACAACUUUGAUUUGUCUAUGUUUUUGGGUGAAGGCUCUAUGGGAAAGCUUUACAAAGGCAAGUUGGAAAACGGGACCUAUGUUGCAAUCCGAUUUCUCACUAUAUUGAAGAAAUAUUCAAUUCAAAACCUUAAAGUUCGGCUGGAUUUUCUCUCAAAGCUUCAUCAUCCUCACUUGGUUGGCCUCUUGGGUUAUUGCAUUGACAGUGGUGGACAAGAUGAUUCCAGUGGCAACAGAAUCUUCCUUAUAAAUGAAUAUGUGUCCAGUGGGAAUUAUCGUACCUAUCUGUCAGAAAACUGUCCAGAGAAGGUUCUCAAGUGGUCUGAUAGAUUGGCAAUUCUAAUAGGAGUUGCGAAGGCCGUGCAUUUUCUACAUACUGGGGUUAUUCCAGGUUGUUUCAACAACCGAUUGAAAACAAACAAUAUAUUGCUUGAUGAGCAUCGGAUUGCAAAGCUGAGUGACUAUGGGAUGUCCAUCAUCACAGAAGAAAGUGAAAAACUUGAGGCAAAGGGAGAAGGCACGAAAUCAUGGAACAGUACAAAUAUGGAGGGUGAUGUUUACAACUUUGGAUUUAUACUACUUGAGUCACUUGUUGGACCUAUAGUAAGUGGAAAAGGGGAAACAUUUCUGCUAAAUGAAAUGGCAUCGUUUGGCAGCCAAGAUGGUCGAAGAAAAAUUGUAGAUCCAAUCGUAUUGACGACUUGCUCACAAGAGUCGUUAUCAAUUGUGGUAUCUAUCACCAAAAAAUGUACAUGUCCAGAAGUGUCAGCUCGUCCGUCGUUUGAGGAUGUGCUUUGGAACUUACAGUAUGCAGCUCAAGUCCAGGCCACUGCUGAUGCUGAUCAGAGAUCAGAUUCUACGUCCUAACUUGUAAAUUUGACUGCAAGUGCAAUGGGGCAACUGAUAUUCUCUCUGAAGCCUCCUCCUCCUGCUUGUAUAGAAAAAAAGAAGAAAAAAAGAGGAAGGCCUGUAAAAUGAAUGAUACUUGAGGUGGGCUUGUAAAGACAACUAGGUUGAAAUAUUUUCUUGUUUUGUUGCCAAAAACUAGGUUGAAAU